AUGGGCCAGAAUCUUUCGGAUGAGCAUCCGCAGCGGCGGUCGCAUGAAGAGCUAACCCAACAACUUACGGAGAAGUUUAUGAAGAAAUGUUUCACCUCUCUUGAACUAUACUCACUCAGAGAUGUUUUCAAGAGCCUUGCCGAUCAGCAGGACUCCAUCAAAUAUCUGAAAGAGGACACUAUCGCCCGGUACCUGGAAAUACCAGACAUUCUCGGCACCUCGCCAGUCAUUUUCCAAAUGGUAUCCUAUAUCGGUGCUUUUCCAUUUCUUCAAGACGCACCUGCAGUCCUGGAGUUUCAGCGGAUGAUUAUGGUGGUCGUCAUCAUGACUGAGCGCUACAAAACCGUAUUGGCGCGGGGUUCUUCAGAUAGGACCAAACUACUGUUCAAGAGCUUGGCUGUCUUUGACCGUAAGAUGUCAGAAGCAGGAGCCCAUUCAGACACGUCACACGUCGAGUCCAAAGACGAUCAAAAGAAGGCCAUGUCCGGUGUGGCUGGUUUUGCGGUUGAUGCAGCUGGGGACGAAGAUGAGGACGGUGAGGACGACGACCUCGUAUUGACAGCUUUUGAAUUGCUCGACAUCAAGGAUGCCGUGGACCAGGGCCAUGCACCAGUCUUUCAUGGCGCAACCAUCCCAACUGACAAUUUCCGAAAACUUGUCAUGCUGCUUCUCCUUGCCGCCCCGCUUGAUCCCCAAGAAAGCCUCUCAAUGUAUUCAAGCCGUGUUAUUGGACAAGAACUCGAGGGCCUCCGUGGCGCCGCUGAAAGCAUUCUUGCCUCCUUUGUUAAUGCCGAGAUCUCAACUGGCAUCAAGUACAACCACUUCAGAACCAUCAUACCUGUGAUCUGCCCUCAUAUUUUUCGUGGAUUCAAUGGUCUUUUUGAGCGCUUUCUUUUCUCGCAAAAUCUAGAUUUCUCCAAACAUCGCAAUGAUACCCCAGCUACUACUUCAUCUCAAAAAGCGGCACAGCCUCUAUUGACCGACACGGGCGAGAUACUUAACCAGAACACUUUGUCCCAGAUCUCGCUCUUCCUUCCUGGGACAGAUCUCUUCCGGCGAGUGAGGCUCCUGUACUCGGGCAAUGAUGCCGGUUUCUCUAUGGGAAGUUUCCAGACCAAAGUUUUCAACUGGCAAGCUCCAACACUGCUCCUGGUGAGCGGAACACGGCUGGGAGAUGAGCCGGAGGGUGGUCAAGAAAGCAGUUUCGCGGCAUCCUUACCUCCGAAGCGGUUCCCUCAUGGCAGCAGAUCGGAUCGGCUCACUUUUGGUGUCUACGUUCGUGAACCUUGGAAACACACCCACCGGGAAUGCUUCGGCGAUUCAGAAACAACGCUAUUUCAACUUGAACCAAUUCAUGAUGUCUUCCCGGCAUCAACUAUCAACAAAGACUACGUUACUUUCACAAAAGCACCAGCGCACCAUCCCAUGAUGUCGUUCGGUUGCCCUCAUCCACACCCAUCUCAAGCUCACAGAAAGGCCGACAUGUUACGCCUAGGCCCUGUAUCACUAUUACUUGACGACUCGUUCGAGUUUGCAGUCUUCAACCACGAUUUUACAUCUCGAGGAGGUGCAUUUCACUCGAGUGUGGUGAGAAAGUAUGAUUUCCAGGACCGAUUUCAGAUCGAGAGUCUCGAAGUUUGGGGCUGUGGCGGUGAUAAAGAAGCCCAAGCCCAAGCCGAGAAAUGGGCUUGGGAGGAACGAGAGGCUGAAGCUCGCCGCAAGAUCAAUCUUGGAAAUGGAGAUAUCGAGGCUGAUCGGGCGUUACUCGAGAUGGCGGGGUUGAUUGGAGGGAACCGAAGUGGAGGAUCUAUGACGUGA